AUGGAUUAUUCUUCGGCCAUAGCCAACGAUGCAGGUCGUGAUCCGUGGGCCUCAUCGCCCCAGCACGACCGCUCUACCUUCCAGCAACCCAACAAUAGCCACGGCGCGCAGCCUACCAACUCGUUCACACACCAGCCUCCGGCUCCUGACGGCGACGACGAACACCACGACGAGAACGCUCAAUUACCUCCCCAGAACAAUCAGUAUUCCUCGCAACAGCCUCAGUCGCAGCCCUAUGACAACUCGACCCGCCAUGAGCCUCAGCGCUACCACCAGACUCGUCCGCAACACCCCCCUCAGCAGCAUAGCCACCUGCAGCAACACCAACUACCACCACAGAGCUAUCAGCAACAGCAACAACAGCAGCAGCUACAGCCUCAACAACCGCGAAAACAGUACAAGCUUCAGGCCAAGAUUACCGCUCUAGAGCGAACCGGUCGCAAGGACCCCGUCUUGCGCUUCGACGUCUAUGUAUGCUGCAACCACAAAACAAACUUGCCCAAGUUCCGCACCACUCAAUUCCGCGAUGUACGACGUACCCAUUCCGAGUUCGUCAAGUUCGCCGACCAUCUCAUCUCGUCCAACCCCGACGCCUUUGUACCCGCCGUUCCCCCUCCGCUCACUGCUGCUGGCGUUGGUACUGAGGAGGAUGAAGUAAGAGUCAAGGCUUCAAUGCAGCGCUGGCUGAACACUGUCUGCUCCAACAACGUUCUCAUGCGCGAUGAGGAGAUGGUCUUCUUUGUCGAGAGCGACUUUGGCUACAGCCCUGUUGUCAGACGCAAGCAACCCGCUACUGGUGUUCGUCGCAAGUACAUCAAGCAGUUUGCUCCUCCUCCUGAUGACACCCCCGAGCUUCUCGAGGCUCGUCCUGUCGUCAAGUCUUUCUAUCUCGGAACCAUGGAUCUUGGCCAGAAGGUUGACAAGGUCGUCAAGUCGCGUAGAGCUCUUGGUCUGGCAGAAUCCGACUUCGGUGUCAAGAUGGGGCACAUGCAGGUUCAGGAAACACACACAGGUUUGGCCAAUGCCUACAAGAAGUUAGGCAAGGUUGUCCAAGCUGUUGGCGACUACCACGCUGCUCAGGGUACCGCUGAAGCCACCACCCUGGCCGACCCCUUGCAAUACCACUCCAGCGAUGCCUUCAUCGUCAAGGAAACUCUCACCAACCGUCACAUCCUCCUGCGCGAGCUGAUCCAAGCACAACAAGCUACUCGCAGCAAGACAAGUGCCGUCGACCGACUGAAGUCUUCAACCUCGGUCAAGCGCGAUAAGGUCGACGAAGCUCUCGCCGCUCUAGACGAAGCCCGAUCGCACGAGUCGCACCUCAAGGAAAAGACCGAUCGCGUGACAGAGAAUCUCGUCCACGAACGUCGUGCCUGGGCCGCUCGUACAACCUCUGACCUCCGCGCCGCCCUCCGCGAAUACGUCAUGCGCGAGAUCGAAGCAGAACGCCGCACCCUAGCCACACUCGAGCAGGUCCGCCCAGACGUCCGCAACAUCGACGCAUCAGGCGGUCUCUCACGUCUCGGGCGCGAAGCCCAUCCCGUGGUCCGUCGCACCAGUCUUGCCAGCAGUCAGGGACCCAAGGGUGAUGCAUGGAGUGGUGUUCCACGCAGACCAGAUGGUCUGAACCGCAGUAUCAGCGGCAGCUUUGCUGGUACAGGUACUGUUCCUGAAGACGCCGAAGCCGAGCAAGCUGAGGAAGCCACGACGGGAAGGAAACGCGCGACUAGCAGUGCAAGCAGCCUGGGCCGUUUGGAAGAGGACGACGAAGAUAGAAUCGAUGCGAGAAAUGCUGCCAGCCGACUUGCACAGACGACGUUUUAG